AUGGAUGUUCAACAGCUGUUUACAAGCCUCAAGAAGGAAGCCGAGUGUCCAUUGUGUUUAGAAACAGUCAAAGAUCCCAAGACACUGCCAUGUCUACACUCAUUUUGCCUGCGGUGUAUCGACAAACACGCAGGAUAUGCAAAAACAAAGUUAGAAACGACGAUCAAAUGUCCAGUCUGUCAGGCUUGCUUUCAGAUCCCUGAGGGAGACACGUUUGGUAGCCUUCCCACAUCUUUUCAUUUUAACCGAUUGGUGGAUCUCCUCGCUCUGAGAGAUGGCAGCCACGAGUCUCAGAGAUGCAGCAGUUGUGAAGAAAACAACACGGCAACUUGCUACUGCUUUGUUUGCCAGAACUUUCUUUGCAAGGAUUGUUUUGACGCUCAUCAGCGCCUGAAGGCCACAAGAGGUCAUCGCAAUGUUUUGAUCGAAAAUUUGCAAGCGCAAGAUGUGGAGGAGUUGAUGCACAGACCCGCCAUGUGUGCAAAGAAAUAUCACGAGAAUGAACCGCUUGAUUAUUAUUGUCAAGACUGUAGCGUUUGUAUUUGCCACAAGUGCAGUAUAGUGAGUCAUAGUCGACAUUCUUUAGUAGACUUACAGGAGGCUGCCGAAGAACAAAAGAUGCAAAUGACGCAAGUUUUUGCCAGAGUUAAGGAAAAACUUGUUACCGUGCAGUCCAAGAUAUCGGAGCAAACUGAACUAAUGAAAAAAAGCGAAGAAGAAAUCUGCACCGCUGAAGAGAAGGUUACGAAAACUGUGCAAGAACUUAUUCGAAUUGCGAAGGAACAUGAAACGGCUGUAAAAACUAAGAUGGCGAAAAUUAGAGUCACGCAACAAAGGAGUUACGCAGCAAAAAUAGGAAAUGUUCAGUUACUCGCUGCUCAGCUUAAGAGCUCUAUCGAAUAUGGCGAAGGUAUCGUACAACGAAGCAUCGGUUCUGAAAUUCUGCAAGCAGGACAUGCUGUGCUUGGACGAUGCGAGGAACUUUUAACCACACAGGAUAUUGAGGUAUGUAGACCUCAACAUGUCGUCUAUUGUGUAAAUUUGGAAGCUAUGAAUACUGUUAGAGGCUUGGUUCCGGGUCAAGUAUUCGAGACUAACACGGAUCCUUCACAGUCAUCGGCAGAAGGAAGAGGUUUAAUCGAAGCACCAACAAAAAAUGAAACUAACUUUACAGUCACCACGCGAGAUUCAAAGGGAAGUCAGUGGUAUAAUGAACAAGACCAACUGACUGUAAUAGUCCGCUCUCAAAAAGGAGAAGAGGAGGAAACGAAAAUUGAUGACUGUAAGAAUGGAAGCUACGUAGUGCGUUACAAGCCAAAGAGUGGUGGCUUACGUGACAUUUCUGUUGAGGUUAAUGGCCAACCGCUAAGUGGUAGUCCUUGGAGAGUUCAGGCGACUGGUCAUCAAUACAAAGCUAUUCAUUCGUUUAGAGGACCGAAACAGUUGAUAGGACCAGGCAGCAUUGCAGUGAAUGAAAGAACAGGAAAGAUUGCCCUAGCAGAAUAUUUUGAUCGUAGUGUUAAGUUGUUUGAUCGUGAAUGUAAAUAUCUGAGAACAAUAGGAAACAAGGGACUUGAUUCUGAGAGAAUUAAGCAUCCUGUUUCGGUGGAAUUUACAACAUCUGAUGAAGUCAUUGUCAUUCAUGAAGGAUAUUUUGAACCGAGUAAGAUGUUCUUGUUCACUGAACAUGGCGACUUCAUUAAAGUCAUCAGUCAGCAUUUGAUAAAUCCUAGGUCCGUAUCUGUCAGAGAUGAUGGUCACAUGAUCUUGUGUGACUCGGGCGACAAGUCGGUCAAGGUCCUCUCCCCUGACGGAACAGGAUUAGUACAGUCCUUCAAAGGACCACACGGUCUUGAUUACCCGAAUUCUGCUGUUUAUCAUGAGAACAGGUUUUUUGUCUUGUAUGAAUAUGUUACAGUGUUCAACAACGAAGGACUUUAUCUGUAUGAUAUUAGCAAGGAGGAGUCUGUUGUUGGAUCGCUUAGAAAAAGCUUGACCAUUGACGCGUUUAACAAUCUGAUCGUGUGUGACGAUAACAGUAGUUUUCAUGUAUUUUCUUUAGAUGGAAAAUAUAUUCAUUCGUUUAAUGAAGGAAAUAUAUCUCCCUGUUGCAUCGCUGCUUUUGAAGAUAAUAAGUUGUUGGUUUACGAUUAUACAAAUUGUGUAAUCCAUGUUUUGCAGUAGAAUCUGAAUAUUGCGCAGCAAUUAUUCUGAUGUGAUUCUUUCAGCGUGAUCAUUGUUUCUUUUUUUUGUAGUAAGUUAGGACCUUUUUUUCUUCACAGCCAAUGAAAU